AUGCUUCCAAAAUUCAAAGUGGAUUUGGAAGGUUCUGAUUGGAGCUUGGUUAUAACCUCUACCGGUCACCGGUUCUAUCACAAUAAAGUGACAAACCAGUCUGUUUGGAAUUAUCCCAAUGAUGAUGUGGGAAGAUUAGUCCAUCAAUUGGACAGAAAAGAGAUCCUUGUAUUGAUUGCCAAGGCCCGAGGUUUGAAGGUAUUCGAUAAACUGCAAACUGGAAUACAAGAGAAAAAGAAGGAUGUGUCAAAGAAAGAAGAUGCAGAGCAAAUUCUUGCACAGAAAUCAGAGGAAGUAACUAAUGCUCAUAAUGAAAACAGGGAUAAAGUGGCAGCAACCCCCCAACCCGCUGUCAAUUCAGAAAAGGAAGAGAAAUCGGAAACUCAAAAAGGAAUUGGCUUGCUCUCGGGGUAUGCAAGUUCUGAUGAUAGUGAUGAUAGCGACGAUGAUAGUGAUGAUAGCGACGAUGAUAAUGAAAAGUCUGAUGAUGAAGCUGAACCAGCAACAAUAGAUCUAGAGGCACAAGACGAGUCCUCCAGUGAGUAUGAAACUGGGUCAGAAUCUGAGAGUGAUAGUGAUGUAGAAAACGGUAUCAAUUUGGAUGAGCUUGAUGAUAUCAGUGAUGAUGAAAUCGAAGAUGACAGUAAGAGUCUCGAUCCCUCAAAGAUUCAAAAUUUCAUUGAAUUGUUACAGGAAUUCCAAUUGAACCCCUACAAUGCAUGGGAAUCAGAAUCUCAAAAAAUUUUCAGCGACCCCAGGUUUUUGAACAUUGAAUUAGACUCUCAAAGGAAAGAGAUCUUUAAUAAGUGGUGCACCAUCACCUUGUCUGCUACCAAUAAUAAAGCUGGUAUCACAGAUACUAAUACCGUGGUUGGCAAUGAUGAGAAAACCCAGGAAUCAUUGGACUUCUUGAGAUCUCCUGAGGUACUGGAGAAUCUGGUUGUUCAGUAUCUUGACUUCUUAACAAGAAACUUCAAAGCGAACAAACUUUACAUUGAUUUCAAGAGACGACAUAGAUCAUCGCCAGGUUUCUCUGAUGUCUCAUUCACCGACAAGGACCGUGAAAGACUUUAUGUUGAGUUUUCCACUCUCAAGAAGAAGCCUGUUGGUGAGCGGCGGAAGCUUGUAAAUAAUUUCUUGAUAAACUCUAAAAUUUUGCGUGUGAGUAUCAACGAAAUAUCCAAAGACUCGGGUCGCAUGUCCAAAAUAUUACAACUUUUCCAAGAACAAGUAGUGGGGAAACUAUCAAAACUAACAAUUGAUGAGGCCCGAUGUGCUCUUGCGAAUGUGGAAAAAGUCCUCAAUGUACCUGAAUCUGUGAGAGAAACCACGUUGUACCAAGCUUUACCCACCAAAGAAAGAAUUUCUACUUUGUAUGAAGUAUACCUGGUGUUGGGAAAUAACUAA